AGAAAGUAGGGCUAAAACAAGGGUUCAACUCUUAGUUCCAGGUGGCGGAGUCCCCAUUUUGGGGAAACCCGCCCUUCGCAGAACUACAGCCUCCAGCGUGCACUGCGCCUCGGGCGCGCGAAGCGAGCGGAGACUACAUCUCCCAGUAGGCAAAGCGCUCGAGGCUGGGCGCUGCGGCGGCGAGCUGCCGCCGUUGCAUGCCGGGAGUUGUAGUCCUCCGGCCCCGCGCUGGGGCGGCUCCCCCUGCCCUUUGCCCGUCGCUCCCGCCAAGCGCCGCCCUUCCUGCUGCGGCUCAAGAUGGCGGCUGAGGUGGAUUUCGGCGACCGCGAGCUGUUCGAGCAGCUCGACGGAGAGGAUGGGCCGCCGCCGCCUCGCCUCGGCCCGGAGGAGGAGGAAGAGGAGGAGGAGGGACCUGGCGGGGCUCUGGCCGAGCUGCGAGAGCGGCUGCAGGGCUGUGAGGAGACGGUGCGGCGGCUCCGGGCGGAGAAUCAGGAACUUAAAAGGAAGCUGAACAUUCUGACUCGUCCCAGUGGAAUUUCAGUGGACAACUCUAAACUCGAUGGACCUCUGUUGCAGAUUUUAUUUAUGAACAAUGUCAUUUCUAAGCAGUAUCAUCAAGAAAUUGAAGAUUUUGUUUUUAACUUGGUUCAGAAGUAUGAAGAGCAACAAAGAGGUGAACAAGAAAAAACACACUUCAAUGUUAAACCACAGCCCUCCAGUGUUCUUUUGGAAGAGGACUGUAAACCAGCAAGCUCUAAUUCUGUUAAAAAAAUUAAGGAAGCUUUUAGUGUUGUAGGAAGUGUUCUGUAUUUUACCAAUUUUUGUCUCGAUAAACUGGGACAGCCUUUAUUAAAUGAGAAUCCACAGCUGACAGAAGGAUGGGAAAUACCUAAAUAUCAUCAAGUUUUCAGCCAGAUUCUCUCCCUAGAUGGACAAGAAAUACAAGUAAAACCAAAAAGCAGGCCAAAACCGCAUUGUUUCAAUUGUGGCUCUGAAGAGCAUCAAAUGAAAGACUGUCCAAAGCCACGAAAUGCAGCUCGUAUAAGUGAGAAGAGAAAGGAGUAUAUGGAAGCUUGUGGUGAAGCAAGCAAUCAGAAUUUUCAGCAGCGUUAUCAUGCAGAAGAAGUAGAAGAGAGGUUUGGAAAAUUUAAACCAGGAGUCAUUAGUGGGGAACUUCAAGAUGCUCUUGGUGUCACAGCUAAGAGUCUUCCUCCAUUUAUAUAUCGCAUGCGUCAGCUGGGUUAUCCACCAGGUUGGCUCAAAGAGGCUGAAAUGGAGUACUCAGGACUUGCACUUUAUGAUGGUAAAGAUGAUGAUGGAACAGAAGAUGAAGGAUCUCGUCAACCAAGACGUGUCACUUAUGAUGUCUCUAAGUUGAUAAACUAUCCAGGCUUUAAUAUCUCCACUCCAAGUGGGAUUCCAGAUGAAUGGCAGAUAUUUGGUUCCAUACCCAUGCAGCCAUCUCAACAGAAGGAGGUUUUUGCUAACUACCUUACUAAUUUUCAUGCGCCAAGUCCAAAAUCUAGCAAUAAAAGGCCUGCAUCGAAAUCAAGUCAUCAUCAUUCAAAACGACCAAAAGAAGACAACCUGGAAGAAACAGUAGCUGACAUGGACAUAGAUUCUGAUGUCGAAGCAUCUCAAAGAUCUCAAGCUCAUAACAGUUUUGAGUUCCAACCUCCACUGCCACCUGGACCUCCACUGAUUUCAACUCCUCCUCCUUUACCACAAGGCACGCCUCCACCUACUCCACAAAGUCUUACACCAACUCAACCUCCAACACCCACCCACCCUCCUCUUCCUAAGACAACUCCACCAUUGAAUCCUUCCAGUGAUGUUGUUCCUCAACCAAAAAUAGUGGAUUCAACCAUGGAUGAAGAUACUUUAACCUUGGAAGAGCUAGAGGAACAGCAGAGGUUAAUUUGGGCAGCACUGGAGCAGGCAGAAAGCACAAACAGUGACUCUGAUAUCCCUGUUGAUACACCUUUAACUGGAAAUUCUGUUACAUCAUCGCCGUCUAGGAACGAAAUAGAUCUUGUUGCAGAAGUAAGAUCAUCUGAAACGAUGGUCACGGUGGAAACAAAGCUUUCUAGUGUCAGCGAACAGGUAUCAGAAAAUGAACAUUCUUUAACUGGUCCUAAUGCAGAAGGUAAUUUACUUAAUUUAAAGGAAAAUCCUGAUAAUUCAGACUCUGAAGGCAUGCUGGAUAACACCAUGCCUGCUCCCAACUGUGAAGUUAACAAUGGAGAAAAUGCAGGUGGUAAUAAAGUGGUGACAAGCACUGAAUCAUCCACAAAAAACUCAAGUCCUGUUCCUGAUAUGAGCAAGUUUGCUGUAGGUAUAACACCAUUUGAAUUUGAAAAUAUGGCAGAAUCAACAGGUGUGUAUCUUCGAAUAAGAAGUGUGUUAAAGAACUCCCCAAGAAACCAGCAAAAGAAAAAGACUUGAGUUUAACUGGUCUUCCUUUGUUUCAUUAUGUCCAAAUUCCUGCACCCUUUACUCUACUCCAGUUUUACAAACUCAGAUAACCUUCCUCAUCCUUUUGUAGGAAGGAGAAUAUCUUGACAAAUACAGCUCUGCCCUGUUCUUCCUUGAAACUGAAGUGUUAAUGCAGGACUUCCACCUUCACCAGGACCAAUGCGACCAGAAAAUACACAAGAAUUUUCCCAAAUUGCAUCCUUCCACUAAGAAAUAACAGGACUAUAGAUUUGUUAAGAACAAUUUUCUUGCCAAUACAUGAAACUCUAAGAAGAGGAAUUUGUUGUUUUGCUGUUCGUUACUUCAGCUAAGAAUUAUAUUGUCCUUGAGUUUCAGGUGGAUUGGUGAUUUUUUUUAUAUCUGUUCUUUGUAUAAUAAUCUAUACUUUAUAGAUUUUGCUAAUUAUCCUGUAGAUAAGUUUAAUAUAUUCAGAAUGUUUUUAAGAAGUGCUAAUGUUAAGAUUUCCCACAUCAAAAUCUUGGAAAUUGGAUGAAAAUGAUCAGGGAUUACCAGCAUUAUCUUCACCAUUUCAAGUAUUUUUAUAAGUUUUUAUUUAUGUGGGUCGGUUUUAAUUACCACUGUAUCUUUUGUAACAUCCUUCUUCAUGUAAACUUGCUGUACAUAUGUGUUCAUUUUUAUGUACAGAGGUUUAAUAAAUGAACUUUUAUAAAGA